UCAGCUGUGUGGCAGGCAGUAGCAGUCGCUACACGAUUCCUCCGGUCUCAGAUUUUGGAUUUCCUGGUGUCGGGAAACCUGAUAGGGCUGACUGGGUAACGAUCAGUUUAGGCGAUUCAAAUACAAUUGACAGGAAUUAGUGGCGUAACAGUUGUCGUUCUGACUGGGGACAAGUGCGAGGGCAGUAAGUAGCGACAUAAAAGUAAGAUCGCGGCUCCGUUUUGCCGUCCGGCUUUUAGUUAGCUUGCCAAGGCAGCCUCCUGAGUCUCUUGGUAUGUCCGCUUCGGCCGGCGGCGCCUCUCCUGCUGGCCAGGGAUCGGCUCUCGCCGGGCCUGGCUCGGGAAUGUCCAUGUUCCGGUGGCUAGAAGUUCUGGAAAAGGAGUUCGACAAAGCCUUCGUGGACGUGGAUUUGCUGCUGGGGGAGAUCGACCCGGACCAGGCCGACAUCACCUACGAGGGCCGCCAGAAGAUGACGAGUCUCAGCUCCUGCUUCGCGCAGCUUUGCCAUAAAGCGCAAACCAUAUUUCAGAUGAACCACAAACUAGAGGCCCAGGUGGUGGACCUCAAGUCGGAGCUGACGGACGUGCAGGCCGAGAAGGUGGUGGUGGAGAAGGAGGUGCAUGACCAGCUGCUCCAGCUGCACGCCAUGCAGCUGCAGCUGCACGCCAAGGCAGGCCAGGGCACGGAUUCCGGCUCCAUCAAGGCCAAGCUGUCUGUCCCCUCAGUGGAAGAUAUGGAGAGGGAGCUGGAGGCCAGCAAGAAGGAGAAGUUCAAGGAGAUGAAGCUGGAGGCUGAGGUCAAGCUGUUCAAGAAGGAGAACGAGGCCCUCCGCAGGCACAUCGCGGUAUUGCAGGCAGAGGUCUACGGUGCACGGCUGGCGGCCAAGUACUUAGACAAGGAACUGGCGGGCAGGGUUCAGCAGAUCCAACUGUUAGGUAGGGAUAUGAAGGGACCUGCUCACGACAAACUGUGGAACCAGCUAGAGGCCGAGAUCCAUCUCCACCGCCAUAAAACAGUCAUCCGAGCCUGCAGGGGGCGCAAUGAUCCCAAGAAGUCCUUACCAUCGCCAUCAGGCCACGACUCGGACACAUUAAAGAAGACCCAAGGCGUGGGACCAAUACGAAAAGUCGUGCUCUCCAAAGAAGAUCAUGAAGGAUUAGGCAUCUCGAUCACAGGAGGUAAGGAGCAUGGGGUGCCCAUCCUGAUCUCGGAGAUCCAUCCCGCUCAGCCGGCUGAGCGUUGCGGAGGGCUCCACGUGGGAGACGCCAUCCUGGCCGUCAACAGCAUCAACCUGCGGGACGCCAAACACAAGGAGGCCGUGAACAUCCUGUCCCAGCAGAGGGGCGAGAUAGAGUUCGAGGUGGUCUACGUGGCUCCUGAAGUCGACUCGGACGACGAAAACGUGGAGUAUGAGGAUGACAGCGGGCACCGCUACCGUCUGUAUCUGGACGAGCUAGAAGAAGGCAGCCGGAACAACGCGUCAGGGGAUUCCGCCUCACUGCAGGCCCAGGAGAAGAGCACAACAGGCGACGCGAUGAACGGGGACACGGGAGCUUCCAGCGAGACCCCAUCGGACGAGGCCCCCACUCGGGCUACAGAGAGCUCCUCAUAAGAGGGGGGGGGGAUGGGGAGAACGGCGACACGCCUAGCAGGAGGGACAGACUUUGGGUGUAGAGGCACGGGAAGGUGACAGAGACGCUCUAUGUGUGUGACUGAUGAGUUUUUGUAUGUCGUCAGGACGGACCACGUUGGAAUCUGCUGGUGGGGGUGUGUCGGGGGGGGGCAGACCAGCUUUUCACGGCUCUCUGGUUACCAGGGAAACACCACAGGCACUAUUUCAUGCACAUAUUUUUACAGCUACUAUCCAUUUUAGGCCAGAAUGGUGGCUAGUCUGACGGUGGAGGUGUACCCUCCGACCAGAGUGAUACGAUUUACUGCUUUGUAGCAAUCGUGCGUGUGGAGUUACAGAAAUCUAGUGCCGUCAGUCAGUCCCAGUAGAAAAUAAAAUCCUUGACAAAUGUACAUACCUGUAACUUACCGCUUGCACAUUAUACUGUAUUAUAAUUAUUAUUACUAUCUCUGCUUGGAUUUAAUUCUCCUCAAACUCACGAUCGGGAUGGCGGCCAGCCUUGUAGAACUGUAUGAUCCUCAGUUCAGCAACCAGUUGUUACAUACAUACAAUAAAAAUAAGCAUGUUCACUCUGCAGAAUUAAGGGAUGUGACAGGUGGGAUGUGCAGCUAAACGUCAAACACAUUUUAUAACGUCACUUGUUCUGAAUGCCCUGGUCCUGAAAUUCAGCCCCGCUGGGCUUUGGGCCUCUUGUCCGGAUUCUGCCAUCAUACAGUGCGGGACGAGUCGGACCCUGUAUUUGCUGGACAGUGCCGGUGGCAGGCGGGUAGGCCUGGUGGGCUAGGGACCCCACCCCCUGUUCAGCAUGGAGAAUUUGAAGUGAUAAGAAUUUAUCAGUUUCAGCAAUGAUGUUUUGAAGAUGGGAGGAUACUAACACUUCAGAAAAAGACUUAGGAGUAGAAAGAAGAAUGUUACAUAAAUUUUGUCUAAGGUUAAAUCAAGAGAUGUGCAAUGAUUUUCCCGCAGUGGAAUGUGAGCAAGGCCCCCAGUGAUGUCACCCCCUCCACAAGGAGAGUUUUCCUUUUUGGUCACUGCUCUAUCUUGCACCCCUCGCGGUGCAUCCUGUGGCUGUUCUAUUUUUUUCCCCCUCUCCCCCCUAUCCUCUGCUGGAUGGGCAUCAGAGCAAAUCAAGGCGGUUUUUUUUAAAAGUAACCGAAAGGGCAGUUGCUCGCUGCGGUCCCAGACUCAGGACCUGUCACUGUCUGUCAAUGAUAAUCCCACCGUACUGGCUGGGCAGCGUGUCGACGCCGCCAUUCACCAUUCGGAGGGUGACAGGACGUAUGUCAUGAAGGUCAUUUUUCAUUUCAGCUUUAAUUUUAACUCUGAACCAAAAUGUCAAACACCUACUUGUAAACAGAACUACAAUGGAAAAAGCAAUAAGUCAGUACUUACGCACUGGCAAAUCAUGUAAAGGUUAAAAAAAAACCUAUAUACACAGAUGUAUGUGUCAUUCUAAAUAUCAGUACAGUUUUGUGGUUCUUUUACUGACUUUGGGAUGAAAACUUACCUACACUGUUUGUCAGUAUGUUUGUUUUAAGAAGUGGAUCUUACACUGGACAGCAAAGAUGGACUUGACAAUCUUCAGUCGUGUUCACUGUGGUUCUAUAUUGACCUGGAGCAUCAGCUGAAUUUAACAUGAGAUUUUGGUCGCAUUUUAAAAGACUGCAACCGGUCAACAUGGCUGCUGGCUUCUCUCACAUGAAUCGACGCAUCUUUUGGCGCAGAGCGAGCGGCUGGCUGACCUCACCCUAAUGCAUGCAUUCCAGAACGUCAAUUCCCAUCACUGUUACAUCGAAGAGGACUUUCCCCGGAAAACAGUUUUUAACCACCCUUCCUCUGAAAAAUUGUGGCUAUUUUACACAUUUUGUUGUCAUGAAAAGUGUGUUUCCUGAACGUUGAAAGAUCUGGUGUAAAUGUAUUAUUAUAUACAAUUGUAGUAAAAUGUAUAACAAGUAACAUUUUGAGUAAAUUAUCUGAAAAAUGG